AUGCCACCGGCCCUGGACAGGCUCCUUGCCAGCCCGUCUGCCCUGCGACUCCUGCGCUCCAUCGUCAAUGCCCCCGAAUUUCCUGCAGCAUAUUCUAUAGCGACAAAUUGCUGCUCUUCAGUAGCAACCCAUCGCCACUACUCGUACCAGCCGAAACCCCAGUCGAAGCUACAAUGGAGGCGAAUGAAGGAUGCAAGCAAGGAGGCGGCAAUUCGAGACCAAGUGCGAGCAGCACUCCAAAGUGACGACGCCAACCAUGCCCUCGUACCGACCGUUGAUAUCUUCGAGAACGGCCUUGUACGUGUAGCGAAAAGGGAAGACGAUCCCCGGCAACUCGCCGUCAUUCUUGCAAAUGAAGAGAGGUUGCAUGGGCCCAAAGGUGUCCGCAAUGUCUGGCGAAACAUCCGUCAUCGAGGGUACCGCCUACCUAUAGAAGACACACCGGAUGCCGAAUAUCUGUGGGGGACCUUCGUCAAGAAUCACCUACUCGUAGAAAAAGUGAUAGAGCACGCUGCAGAGCUAUUUCAUGAAACAGGCCAGAAAUACCCUCAUCUCUAUCAUCUAGUCAUGAGCCACUGGCUUCCGAGGAGAGCAAAGACAGCGUUGAGGUAUCAUUAUUCGCUGCAAAGGAACCUAAGAUGCCAGCGGCUUCCCUUACGGCAGUUGGCACAUCUGGGACGAUCGACUCUCAAGCACGCCGCAUACGAAGCGCUAAGGGAGAUAUACGAGCACAGCAACGAGCGGGAUCUCUACGACGAGGUAGUACCUGUGCUCAUCGAGAAGGGGGAUAUCACCGCGGCACGUCAAUGGCAUGCGCUUUGUACUCUUCGUAAUGACAUGCCGUCAGAGUCUGUCGCAUCACACCCUGUCGUUCGCCUGUUCACCGUCGAGGCAUCAGCUCGUGACGUCUACUUUGAGACAAAAGGGUCGAAGAAGAAAUGGAAGCGAGACUCGGCCAGGUACAACGAGGAUCUUCUGCGUCGCUUGGAAGGCCCUGACACCGCACCCGUCCGAUUCGAAGACUCUUUUGUCGCCCGCAUGUUCGCAACACGCACCUUUCCAGCGGCUUCCAUUAUACAAGGGCUCUCCAUGGUGGGAGUGAACGAGAUUGGGCCUCAAGCUUUGCUCACCAUGGCCCUGCAAACACAACCAGUCGAGGAACUACCUGAAAGAUUUGAAGAGCUCAGGUCAGCAGGCAUUGCUCUACAGGGCUGCGUCUUCUCUUUAGCACUGGAGAAGUUUGCAAUGGAGCAGAAAUGGCAACUGGUGCGCAGUAUGUUGGAAAGCGACCAGCAUCCGGAUGUCUUUGGCGACGUGCAAGUACAACGCAAGCUGCUCGAAUACUAUCUCGAUAACGACGACUAUGAGCAAGUCCAGCGCACGCUUGCCAUUCUGACGCUCUUCCAUAACGAUUCCAGUCAAGAGUCCUGGAACCUGCUCUUGCAAACCUAUAUCAAACGUUCCGGGCCGCAGCAUGUCAUGGAAGUGCUCCGAGACAUGCGCGCACGUGGCGUUAUGUUGACAGCCGAAUCGAUCAUGGCCAUCCGCGGCCUACUACGCCGCCGGCGAUCAGGACACAAACCCGUCGGCGACCGUUUUGACGACUUGCGUUUUGUCGCGCGUGUGUUCGUGAUGAUUCUCGAGAACGGCCUAGGUGCCAUUUCUCCGCUACUUUGGCGUGAGAUCAUCCGCAGAUUUGGCAUGGUCGGGAGAUUCAGGGAGCUUAGGCGACUUUUACUCUGGCUUCUCUGCUGGUAUGCACCGAGGAGCGGUCAUCAAUUCAACAACUUGCCAAAGUCACCAUUCUUGGAACCGGCCACAGCGAUACUGCGUGCUGCCCAUCCCGAGCGUGCCCAUUAUUUCCACUUUCCAGCGACGGUAACACAGCGCGAGAACUCAUUGCAUCCUGUUCGGCAGCUAUUCCCUCCGUCCCUCCAGCAUGGUCUCAUCGCCUGGGGCUUCAAGGCUGGACUGCUACCAAACGCUCAUCUGGAACAGUCCAUGCUCGGGUCUACGCUUGCUAAAAAGCACUAUCGCCGGCAGUUGCUCCAGCGCCAGAUCUUACGUCACUUAGGGUGGAGUACAGGUUUACAAACUGUGGUGUUGCUACGAGAUCUUGGCGUCUUCGUUCAUUAUCACACAGUCCUCAAGGCCCUGCAAAUGCAGUUCGUCAACAUGUUUGGUCAUGGCCGAUCUAGCAGGAAAGAAAACAGAGUAAUGGAGAGAACGAACACGUUGCCAUAUGCUCGAUACGUACAUGAGGUCAACAAGAUAUGGGGCAGUCCGCUAUUGAGAGAGCCUCAGCUCUUCGGCAAGGGCAUGGUGCAUGACCAUAUGUGGCACCCACGCAUGAGGCGGAAUAUUGAACGCAGAGCUUCCAUCAGUCUCGGUGAGAUUCUGGGCCAAAACUGGAUGGGCCGGGACAAAGAAGCGUACAGUGUCGCCAAGGAUGACGAGGCAGCGGCCCUCGAGCAGCUACAGAAGCACUUCAGAAUGCAGGCCAAAGCCAUCGAGCCCAUAACUGAGUCACAUCCUCAUACAGUAGCCGAUGACGCGUUCAAUGCAACAACGGCGGGAAGAGAGAAAGCAUUACGAGCGCCAACAACUACGAAGGACGACCUCAAGGCAUAG